UUUCGUUCCCCACCAUUACCUUCGCUCCACGCGUCGUUCCCCAACGUCUCCCGCGACGCGAUAACGCUUAAAUCGCCAUUAACGCCACCACCACACCAUGCUCUGCACUCUCCAUUGCCCCUCCUCCUCCUCCCUCUCCCUCCUCCCCCUCCCCUCCCCCUCAAAACCCUACCUCGCUCCCCCUCUCCUCCGCCCUCGUAGCCUCCGACGAGGAGGAGGAGGAGUCGGCGGCGGCGGCGGCGGCGUCGUCGGAGCCCGCUACAAACUCGGCGGCGCUUAUCCCUCAACUAGGGUCUCCGCGAGCUCGAAGCCGGGGCCGGCUUCGGCCGACGCCGUUGUCGCGGCCCCGUCGGAGGUCCCGGAGCAGAUGAGGGCGUGGAUCUACGACGAGUACGGGGACGCGGGGGUUUUGCGCCUCGAGGACGGGGUCGCCGUUCCCGAGGUCGGGGACGAUCAGGUCCUCGUUAGGGUUUCCGCCGCCGCGCUCAACCCCGUCGAUUUCAAGCGGAGGCAGGGCAAAUUUAAGGCCACGGAUUCGCCCUUACCUACGGUACCGGGUUACGAUGUGGCCGGCGUCGUGGUGAAGGUUGGUAGCCAAGUCAAGAAUCUAAAAGAAGGGGACGAAGUAUACGGGGACAUAAACGAGAAGGCGUUGGAGAAUCCGAAGCAAUUCGGAUCGCUUGCGGAGUACACUGCAGUCGAGGAGAAGCUGCUGGCUGUAAAACCUAAGAAUCUGGACUUUGCGCAGGCUGCUAGUCUUCCUUUGGCCAUCGAGACGGCAUAUGAAGGCCUUGAAAAAGCUGGAUUUUCCGCGGGUAAAUCAGUUCUUGUUUUGGGUGGUGCUGGCGGAGUCGGCUCGCUCGUGAUUCAGCUAGCAAAGCAUGUCUACGGUGCGUCGAAAGUUGCGGCCACUUCUAGCACAGGAAAGCUGGAGCUGUUGAAGAGCCUGGGUGCCGACUUAGCGAUCGACUACACCAAGGAAAACAUUGAAGAACUACCUGAGAAGUUUGAUGUAGUGUAUGAUGCUGUUGGUCAGUGCGAAAGAGCGGUGAAAGCAGUGAAAGAAGGGGGCAGCGUCGUGGUGCUCACGGGCCCUGUCACGCCCCCGGGCUUCAGAUUCGUCGUCACGUCCAACGGGGAGAGCCUGACGAAGCUCAACCCUUAUCUCGAAAGCGGGAAGGUGAAGCCUCUUCUGGACCCGAAGGGGCCAUUCCCUUUCUCUCAGGUGGUUGAGGCAUUCUCUUAUCUCGAAACCGGAAGAGCUACGGGAAAGGUCGUUAUCUAUCCAAUUCCUUGAGAUUAAAUAUAGCAAAAGAGGAUCUUAGCACCUUGGUGUGUGCAAAGCAUGGACAAAUUCGAUUGGAAACUGGAAAGAGUUCUUGAAACUGCUCAAGCUUCGUCUAUAAAGAAUACUUUUGGUGUACAAGCAA